AUGCGCCAGAGACCGCGAACUGGGUCAGCGACGCGAGCGCCGCCGGCAGCGCGCGGCAGCCGCCGCAACCGCGGCCGCCGCGGAGGCUCUGCGGCAAGACGCGCGGCAGUUGUCAGCGGGCCGCCGACAGCUGACGGCGCACAGCAGCUCCGCUCCCCGGCCACACCGCGCUCACUCCGCACGCGCAGGAUCUGUACGCCACUUGACCUGUACCUCCCCCUUCAGAUCGUCUUCCUCUCGGACUCUUUCGCCUUCCAGUUUACAUUGGCAGACUCCAGCAACAUGUUGGACGCGCAGUCGCAACUGAAGGCGCACGCGCAAACGGCUCGCAGCUGGUGGCGGCGUUCCACGCAUGCGCGGAAUCCGGGGGCGCAUGCGCGUGGCGGCGCUGUCAGCGGCAGCUGGUGGCGCGUGUGGAGGCUGGCCGACGCGCUGCUUCACAACGGCUGCUGACUCCUCAGCAGUCAGCAGCCAGCCACCGCAGCCGCCACAGUCUCAGGGCAACCUGUCAGCUCCGCGCCUCCCUCAGCUAAAUAGCCACUCUUCCUACUUUCUCUCCUCGCCAGCGUCGCGAGUAUCGCCGCUGGCUAGACGGAAACGUACUGUAGUCCGGGAAGUCCAGUCCACUUUCAUCCUUUGUUACCGACACAGUUCUGCCUUUCAACAUUGUACUGCUCUCGGAUUACAAUCCGAGAGAAACUGGAGAUUAUUGACAAAUAAGUAUUCAUAGGACAUUAGCUUGAACAGGCUGCGAUUAAAACGGUAUACUCUCUCAUAGUUCAGUUCAUAGAGAGAGAGACACUAAACUAUUUGCCUCUAAGGCAGUAAUAUCACUCUAAUUAAAUAACUUAAAUGAAAUCAAAUUUUAAAAUAUAGCUCUCCUGUUAGCUAUAACUAAAUUGCCGUUUAGUCAAAGGCAAAAGAAUGCCGUAACUAAUUCUUCCAUAUAGUUUUGUCGAGAGUUACGAAAGGCCUCGUGGAAUUUUUUAGAAAAAAGUAUUUCAUUCUUUUUCGUAUUCACUAUUGUCGGCCUUUCGCAGUGAGUUUUCUUAGUAGUAUAAUUUUUUGAAAAGAGAGAAAGAAUUCACUUGUUCCAGAGGGCAAUACUUGUAACAUUGUGAUAGAUUUAUUGUAAGAUAUACAGCAGAUCUAUAUGUAAAUAAUACAGAUGUUAGAUUAUUUUAGCUUUUUAAAAUUAGCACAUUAUAAUGUUAUAUAAUAUUGUACGUUAUUAUGUAUUGAAGUUUGAUUAACAUUAAAACAUUAUUUCUUUUCAGUA